AUGCCUCCUCCUUGGAGCUUGGAGGGGCCUUCUCAUCCUGAGGAAGAAGGAAGACUAAUUAACAUUUCUCUAGGCUAUGAAAUCCUUCCUUUAUGCAUGGGCCUAGCAGAAUUAUGUAUUAAUGUUAGUCAACAAAUGUGGGCUUUUGUCCGGCCUACAAAAAAGAACUUCCUCACAUUGCUUGGACAGUUUACUGCCCUGUCCUUUUAUGAAAACCAUGUCAAUACUACCAAAACUCUAGGAAAAGGACAAAAGUUGGAAUGUAAAGGGUUUACUUGUAAGGACUUUAAAUAUACUCCUAUUUAUUGGGAUAGAUGUCAAGCUAAAUCAGGGAAAUUAAUGUUUAUGGCCAAUUACACCAUUGUUGAUUGGGGACCCCAUGGUAUGUGGCUAUCUAACUGCUCAGAUGAUAUUAAUAGUACUAUGUGUGAUUAUGCUACUCAAGUAGCGUGGAAGAUUACCAACAGUUCAAUGGAACACUGCCAUGACAAAGGACUCCUUGGUUGGCUUCACUGCGGAAUGGUACCUCCUCACCCUCGAAUCAUCCUCAAUAAACAAAUUAGGCCUGAACAAUGGGACAUCUGGAAACUUGCUGCAAGUUCUGAAAAACUUGGAACUUGGACUGGAUAUUUCACAGGGACCAGUCGUAGUCAUAGUAACUUUUCCUUCCGUUAUAAUCAUUCAUAUUUUAUACAAGUUGUGUUCCCCUUCCUUUUGUUAUAG